CUGUAUUUUGGGAAGAAGAGACUUAAAAUCCAGAAAAGAUCAAAAAAGCUAAUUCUCCAAAAUGUCAUAUAGACAAGGUUUAGAGAAAUACCGAGAUCUAGAUGAAGAUCAGAUCCUUGGAGCACUGACAGAAGAUGAAAUUAAGAUGCUAGAAGAUGAGCUACUGGAACUUGAUCCAGAUAAUGCAAUAUUACCUGCAGGAAUGAGACAGAAAGAUCAGACCAAGAAAAACCCCACAGGCCCUUUUAACAGGGAUGUUCUUCAGGCACAUUUGGAGAAGCAGGCAAAUGACACUAAAGACCGAGAUGAUCUGGUUCCCUUCACGGGAGAGAAAAGAGGAAAAAUUUGGGUCCCCAAGCAGAAAGCUAUUGAUCCAGUUUUGGAAAGUGUAACUCUGGAACCAGAAUUGGAGGAAGCCUUGGCAAAUGCUUCUGAUGCUGAACUCUGCGACAUUGCUGCUAUUCUUGGCAUGCAUACAUUGAUGAGCAACCAACAAUAUUACGAAGCACGAGGGACUACAACUAUAGUCAACAAAGAAGGAUUGGACAGUAUAAUUAAGCCCACACAGUAUAAACCAGUUCCUGAUGAGCCAAAUUUGACCAAUGUAGAAGAAACUUUGGCACGAGUGAAAAACAAUGAUCCAGAACUUCAGGAAAUUAAUCUCAAUAAUAUUAAGGAUAUUCCUGUGCCUAUUUUGAAAGCUUAUGCUGAAGCUCUGAAGACUAACACCUAUGUGAAAAAGUUCAGCAUAGUAGGAACAAGAAGUAAUGACCCUGUUGCUUUUGCGUUGGCAGAAAUGAUAAAAGAAAACAACGUAUUGAAAAGCUUAAAUGUGGAAUCAAAUUUUAUUACUGGAUCUGGAAUCCUGGCCCUGAUAAAAGCACUGCAGAACAACACAACACUAAUUGAACUCAAAAUUGACAACCAGUGCCAGCUUUUGGGCAACAAGGUAGAAAUGGAAAUCGCCAGCAUGUUAGAAAAAAACACCUCUCUCUUGAGGUUUGGUUAUAACUUCACUCAACAGGGACCCAGACUUCGGGCAUCCAAUGCUAUGAUGAACAACAAUGAUCUAG